AUGACACCAUCUAAGAAGCCUGAUGACGGAGAGCUUAAGCGCAAGAAGUGUGAAUCUCUAGCUCAAAAAAUGCUGUCCAUCAAUACUUUGCUGACACCUGAAUACGUACUGAGUCUUGACGAAGCUGCUGUGGAGGUCAGGCUGGACCAGGUGAAUCGCUUGGAAGGGAGAUUCGACAUUGCACAACCUCAUGUGGAGGACGACGACGACGUCGAAGAGAUACUCGCAAGAUUUACGACACAUUACAUGGAGGCAAAGAUUAAGUUGACCAGACAGUUGCAUACUUUUCGUAACGUAGAGGCACAUCAUUCAACCACGCGGCCAACUGCUGAUGGGCCGCCAUCAUUUGUUUUUGCUCCUCCCAAGCAACGCUUACCUACGCUGCAAAUCCCCAAAUUCAGCGGCAGUUAUGCAGAUUGGCCCGACUUCUUUUCUAUGUUCAAGACAGUGGUCCACCAGGAUGCUGACUUAACCAGAAUUGAGAAGUUUCAGCACCUUCGCUCCAGCCUGCGUGAGACUGCUUUAGACACUAUAGGGUCCCUAGAAAUUUGUGACCAAAAUUACGAUAAGGCGCUUGAGUUGCUAAAAAAUCGUUUUGAUAAUAAACGUCUAAAUUUUCAGACUCAUGUGAGAACCAUUUUUCAGCUGGACAACAUCGUUGCCGGUUCAGUGGCAAGCUUGCGUGGGCUGAGUGACAAGCUAAACGCACAUCUACGAGCAUUGGCAACUUUGGGAACUAAGGAGCAAAUUGCGGAUGGGGUGUUAAUCCACUUGGUGUGCCAGAAGUUGGAUACUGCGUCUAGAACGAAAUGGGAGGAGGAAACUCCUAACAACGAAAUACCAACCUGGAGCGCUAUGUCAACCUUUCUAGAACGACGCUGUCAGCGGCUGGAGAGCGUGGAGGACGCUCUGGUAACUAAACUUCCAAACAAACAGGUGAGCAAAAAUUCAUCUUUGGGCAGUAACCGCAAGGUGUUCGUUUCAUCUGCCACAACAAAUUGCCUAAUUUGCAACUGCCAUCAGCACACGGUUUUCCAGUAUCAAGUCACAAAUACGUCAUCGCAUCUUGUUACACUGCCAGCAAAUACGGCUACAUCAUCUUCGUUUUCGACUGCUGGUAUUGAAAGCAGCUCACUCUUAUCGCAUCAACCUCACCCAGGGCCCACAUCGCUAAUUAGUUCCAAGCCUGGGACUGCAGAACCUGGCCAUAAUUUCGUCCUUUUAGCCACUGCGAUCAUACUUAUCAAAAAUCGCGCUGGAUCACUCGUUCCGUGUCGAGCGUUGCUUGACUCUGCCUCGCAACUGAAUUUCGUCACCAAUCGCUUAGCUAAUCAGCUUCAAUUGAAGAAAGUCAAAUCAACAACAUCAAUUUCAGGCAUAGGCCAAAUUGAUUUCGUCGCCGAUCAUAUGGUUGAUCUAGAGAUGCAUUCGCGCAUCGGUGAAUAUCAAGCACAGUUGUCGGCAGUAGUCACCCCUUCUAUCACUGACGCUCAGCCACUUCGUUCCUUGAAUAACAUUGAGUGGAAAAUCCCAUCCAACGUAUGCUUAGCAGAUCCUCUAUUUUUUGAGUCGCAACGUGUAGACGUUCUCAUUGGAGCAAGUUUGUUUUUUGAGUUACUGUGUGUGGGUCAAAUUCGGCUAAGCGAGCAGCUAGCGCUGUUGCAAAAAACAAAGCUGGGCUGGAUUGUUUCGGGCGAAGGUACGGGAAGGGUGCUAAGGCCCUCAUGCCUAUCCGCAAUCAAUGUAGAAACGGAAAUUGAUUUCGACACUCGGUUAGACAAUCUAGUAAAGGCCUUUUGGGAAGUGGAAGGCUGCAGCGGUUCCAUGCCACGCUUUACUGCGGAGGAAAUCAAAUGCGAAAAUCACUUUCUUAAAAAUUACCAGCGCCUGGAAUCGGGUGAAUACUCUGUGCGAUUACCCUUCAAGACAUCAGCUAAGCAGUUAGGCGACUCCUAUCAACAGGCACUUCACCGUUUUAAAAACUUAGAACGAAAGCUUCAACAUAAACCGGAAAUAAAACAGCAAUACUCGUCGGUCAUGAAAGAGUAUCAUGACCUUCAGCAUAUGUCGCUUGUUGGUAAACUACCUAGUCGAGUUUCUGUAAAUUUUUUGCCGCACCAUUGCGUUUUAAAGGCUCAUAGUACAACGACAAAGCUACGGGUAGUGUUUGAUGGUUCUGCAUCAACGACGAGUGGUUAUUCGCUCAACGACCUACUAAUGGCAGGGCCUACUAUACAGCGUACACUUUUUGACACUCUUUUACAAUUUCGUUCAUUUAAAUUUGCUAUUACUAGCAACAUAUGCAAAAUGUACCGCUGUGUUAGGAUGGCAUAUGAAUACAGCUUUCUCCAGUGUAUAUUGUGGCGGGAUAAUCCAAGUGAAGACAUCAGGGUUUACAAGCUAGAUACCACCACUUAUGGUACAAAGCCUGCAUCGUUUCUCGCCAUCCGUGCAAUGAGGCAGUUGGCCGUUGAUGAACAGCAUGCGUAUCCAAUCGGUGCAAAGGUCAUCUGCCGAGAUUUUUAUGUGGAUGACAUGAUUUCUGGCGCCAAUUCAAUAGGCGAGGCUCGUGAAAUUCUCCACCAAACAAGGGAGUUACUAGCCAAGGGGAAUUUUAAAUUGCGAAAGUGGUGUUCGAACGAACGUUGUGUGCUUGCUGACGUUGCAGCCGAGGACAGGGAGAAUCUAUUACAGUUUCAUGAUGGUACUAACGUCACAAAAACGCUUGGUUUAGUCUGGGAGCCUGACUCCGACAUCUUCAUAUUUUCCUUUUCGCCACUCGUGCCACAAUCGAAAUUGACCAAGCGCGCAAUUUUAGCCACCAUUGCCCGACUGUAUGAUCCCCUCGGUUUAAUCGGACCCAUCAUAACGAAGGCUAAAAUCUUCAUGCAACAGCUUUGGAAGGAGAAAUUACAUUGGGACGAAAGCCUUCCACAAUCAUUACACUAUACUUGGAAGGAAAUAUGUGAAGAGUACACCCUGGUUGAUCGUUUCAGUUUUGAUAGAUAUGUUUUGAUCCCUGGCGCUAGCUUAGAGGUGCAUGCAUUCUGCGAUGCAAGUUUGUUAGCAUAUGGCGUGUGCGUAUACGCAGAUAUGUAUCCAUGUUCAAAGAUAUUUGAACAUACUGCCAAGGGAUAA